UUGUUGGUAAAUUGAUUGAUAGAUUUAACGAAAAUUUGAAAACCAGGAAAAAAACUGCAUCGCAAAUUGCAAUCCAUGGUGUGCAAUCGAAAAAGCCAAUAACUCUUUUCUACUCGCAUGUAAUUUCAAUCAAUGAUUGAUACGAAACAAAAACUACGUUGUAAAAGUUCGAGUAGAUUAUCACGCUCUUGGAUUCGGUCGAGUUGUGCUUUAACGAAAUAAAAUGGGGUUAUUUGGAUCAUUGAAAUAUUGUGGUUAUUCCAAUAACAGUGAGUUAUUUUCAUGGACAUUCCUAACGAACACGUUAUGCACGGUGUGUUGUUAUAAUAAUUUUUAAUGGAUUUCAAUUAUGCGAGCGCAAACGAUGUGGAAGAAUUCACUUUUCCGAUGGACGAUGCUGCGAAAGAGAGCAAGAAUUGGAAAAAAAAGAACCAAAUGGCAAGCAAGCGAACUGCAUAUUUGUCUCUGGUAAACCAUCACCAAAUAUGGCAUUACUGUACUGGCACUUGGUGUUCAGCAUAAGAAGUCGGCCUUCAAAAAUGAUGAACUAUCGAAAAGGGCGUAAUGUCGAGGAAGAGCUGACUCGAAACGAUAUUCAAAUCGAAAAUUUACCCGAAGAUUUCCUGUGGAUGCAUGUGAAAGGUGGAACAGCUGUGCCAAAUGUGAUUGAAUUUGCUAAGAAAGCACUGCAGUCGGGCGAGCAUCGUACAAUUGUAUGGACCGGGUACGGCGGUGGCGUUGGGAAAACGAUAUCAUGCGCCGAAAUAUUGAAGAGAGAUUUCACACUACACCAAGUUACUAGAUUAUGCUAUAAAACAAACGAAGAAUACUGGGAUCCAUUACUUGAUGGUCUUGAGCCAAUUGUGGUGAAACGAAAUAUUCCCUGUGUUCAUAUUUUGAUGUCGCUCGAUGAAAUCGAUCCAAAAUCACCAGGGUAUCAAUUUUCGAAGAAUAAGACAACAUUUUGGGUGGAAUCGAACCAUAAUCGAUCAAACAACUCAAAUCGACGCGAAUCGCAGGGGAAUCAACCAUUGAGAGCAAACCGAUCCGAUGCAAAUGAACCAUCAAACAAUCAAAAUCAACAGAAACCAAAGAAACCCAAUCGAAAACCCAAAGGAAACUCCAAUCAAAUGGAAGUUGACUGAAGCGUUUAUUUACGAUUUCUUUUGAAAACAUUGUUGAAUUUAUUUUUAAGACGAAAAAAAGAGGAAAAAAUCUUUAAAUUUUUUUGAAGGGAAUUUUUCGAAUUUUUUUUUUUUAAAGAAUAAAAUACUGAAAAAAAAUAUUG